AUGUCACAACAGGUCGGAAGUCAGAUUUUCCCCAUUCAUCUAGAAUGGCUGGGUGGACGCAAUACCUUUCAACAAAGCAACUUUUCCGUUCGCAACGCUCACAUAUGCUUGGAAGACAUGAAAGACUCGGAUGUAAUUAUGCCCGUGACCUUAGUGAAACACGGAGAUAAAGUCAUAUUCAGAACGAACAAUGAAAGGAUGGGGAAAGAUUUUAAUCUAAGUAACAUCGUAAACAUUCACGUUUUUACUUCUGACCCCACAUAUGCGGUUUUUGAAAUCUCUUCCAACAACGGACCUUAUCGUUUUGAGGUUAUUCAUGCACCUGGCAAUGAAACAUUAAAUCAAGUUCACGAUUUUCUUUUUACACGCAACUUUGCCUAUGCUUCAGCACAAAUACUACCUAGGAAAGAGAAUUCUCCAACAUCUUCCAAUUCCGAUACUUACGAAGCGCCUGAAACCGGACAACCCGCCACCAACGGUGUCUCUACGCCGGAGUUGCAAACAGAAGAGGGCUACGAGGAGGUGGCCGUGAAACUGGUUGACCAGAUGAUCAAUGGCCAUGAAAGUCCAUCAACAUCGCCCGAAGUGGAGGAUCCUGUGCAGGUGAAGGAUGAAGUUGCUAGUGAAGAAGUCGGCAAGACGAGAUCAUCCUCCUCUACUACCUCGGUUUCAUCGGACACUAACAUAGAAAAGAUACAGAAAGAGGAUAAUUCAGUGGUGUCUGACAAUUGGGAAUCUAGAAUAAAUCAUCAGGAAGUCAAUGAAGCCGAGGCGCCUCGCACUAUUGAAGUCUCACGACCACGCCAUUUCUGCAAACUGCGUCUCCUUACUAAUAUCAUCGCAGAGGAAGGAAUUGACACAAGACAUUACCAUGAUGACGGUCGCCUCUACGUUGUCUCCAGGAUUGCCUUCCAAUCGACAAAAAUUCGACCCCUCCCUACGAAGGCUAGUGUAACCGAAGAUGAAAGUGUUUCAACAAACGACGAUGGAGAAAAUUUUCCCGUUAUCAGAGUCCAACCGGUUGCCAAGAUCCCUACGAAACACCGUCAACGGCAAUCCAGGAGUCCUGUUAAAGAGAGUGAAAAGUUGAAAGGGAAGUCAAUAACUCCUGAGCGAUCAGUGUGCAAGAAAUGCAUAGGUUCCGAAGGAAAGAAAAAACUGAGGGACACCUCUCCAGCUCUACGAAUCCGUAUCCAAACACCCACCUGCAACGUUUGUGAAUGCAUCCGUUCCUGCAACAAAAAUCCCACGUCUAGUUUGUUCUGUUGCUCCCGAAGAUCCCAUCAGCCGGGAUGCUCAACUGUGCGCACCCUCUAUGUCCACAAUCCCUCAUAA